AUGGCGAAGUCAAAGUCCCACAACCCCCAAGGCAAGGCACCACAGCGCAAGCCGAAGAAGACGCACUCCAUGUUCACGGAUCUGCACGCCGAUGUGUCAAAACGUCUACAGCUCGAUGGGCUCACUUUCGUCUUCCACCCGCAAGAUGACGACCGCAGCUGCUCCCAAGAGUACGAGACCUUUGUAAUGGGACGUUUCGAGUGUCACAAUGCGCAGUGCAGACAGGAGGGCUGGUCCAGCAAGAAGAUUGCCAUUGUGAUCCGCAUGUACAACACCCAACGAUACAACGCCAGAGUCUACCACCAGCGUUGCCGAUCCUGCAAACAGCUGAGCCGUCCUAUUCUCGAUGUCGAAUCGUACAUUGACCGUGUGACCUACCGUCUCAAGAAGUGGUCUGGGAUUGAGAUGGAAGUUUUGUCCUAUACGGGGAGGACAGGUGAUUUGCCUCAUGCGUCGGCGCUGUGUGAAGGGUGCAAGGCUGGGCGAUGCCAGAAUAGGCGCACAGGGCUUUAUUAG